GCAAGAUCCCCAGUUUAAUAAUUCACCUGACCUCCAACUGCGAACGAGAAACAUGCAACACUCCCUUCACUCAGUGUCAAUCUCACCUCGACACCAACUUUUUCAAUCUGUACUCCUAAUGCUGCCAUCACCAUAGCUCAAGUCCGAGCCAACAAGCGGCUUCGUCAACAUCGCUAUUCUCUUCGGCAAAGAAAAAAAGAAGAAAAAAAAAAAGAAAGCAAAGUGAAUCACCAUUGCGGGGGCAUCGGAAUAAUCCCAACCAGACAGAGAUGCCGAUGCCACUUGCAGCGAAAGGUAUGACCAGCUGAUUUGUGAUUUGCCUCAACCUCCCCCCACAGCUAGAAUUGGCAUCAAAUGAUCGCCCAUCCUCACGCCCCGUCCAACCCUUUCUGGCACAAGGCGUCGAUGGGUUUUGUUUGUCUUCAGCAGUUGAUCCAGACCGUCAUUGCUUCGUUCCAACUCACCCAUUUCACUCAGUGGUGCUACCCCGCUUCGACCCGAAAUGAGGCAAGCAUUGCAAAACCUCCUACAUACCGCCACCCUGAGUGCCCAACAAGGAGGGCUCCAGCUCUAGGUGGCGAGAAUUGGCUGCUUGAAUGAUCCGGGGCCUACGCAAUCCUUUUUCUUGCCCUCCCUCUAAGGCCACCUAAUUCAGUAGUUUUUGAUUUUGCUGCAUCCUGCCCUUUUCUUUUAGCUCUUGUCAUCUUUUUCUUUGUUCCCCAAUAAUUCUCCUCGGUUACAUGCGUCGGCGAGUAAUCAGCCCACAAAACCACCGAAUCCGAACCCCACUGUCGUGGUCAGGUUGGGGCAGGUGUAUAUCAGCAUUUCCCCAGAUCCACCCAUCAUUCAAUACUCUCGAUAUCUACCUAGGUACUUAAAGAAAGCAGCCGCGAUGCCUCCUAUUAACCAUGCCGCAAUAUCAGUCGGCGUAGUCGCCGUCUCGGUGGCCGUCGCGGCCGCCUAUGCCGUGUACGAGAACCCCGAAUUUCGUCGAAUGGCCGACGACCUGAGACGCAGAAUUGCAAUCGCUCUUCAUUCACUCGGCGACGGCAUACAACCAGACGAACUUGAGCCUCGGUUUAAUAGGCCUGAGGAUGCCGAUGGAUUCCUGCAGUCUCGUGCCGAUGCCGGUGUUGAUGCCGAUGAGGAGACCAAGAGGCGGCAGCGAGAUGAGCUGAUGUACUGGAACGCUGUGCGUCUGGAGAAACAAGAAAAGGCGGACAAUGAGAAGCAGACCGAAGACGAAGAGUCGUCAUUCCAGCGCAAUUCAAUCUAUAGUUCGACCACGUUUGACAGCUUCCUCCAGCGUGAUAAGACGGGCGAGCAAGGUACCUACGUUCUCAACACCGGCGCUGACCCUCGGCCGAACGACGAGGGCCUGAUCCGUCGUCGGGGAGGCGGCUCCGAAGGCGUUCGUGGGCUCAACUCGUCAUUCUUCAGCGCGAACCCCUUCUCUGAUGAACAUGGAAUCGACAUGGACGAUGACCACUUCGCUGCCAACGUAAGGACCAUGUCGCCAGAGAAGGAUGAGGCCAUGAGCGACAUUUACAAUGCCACCGCCCCCCCAUCGCCGUCCCGAGCUGCCUUUGUCACUUCUACGUCUGCCGACCAUAACAUCGCCACAAUUCUCUUCGACGCGCAACAGCACGUCGAGCGGCUCGAGCAGGAGGUCAAGGCACGUUCCGAUUCCAGCCUGACGAUGGAACUCGAACCCAGCAAAGCUGAGGACACUCAGAGCGUCGAUAAUGAGGGCACCCGUGACGCAUAUGCCAGCAUACAGGCAUGGGCACAAGGCUCGCAGAAUUCGACAAAGGGAUUCUACUCGCCGUUGCCGACAACCCCCGAGGCGCCACUUUCAGAGGCUGAAAUGGUGUCGGAAGGUGCUCUCACCCCAACCGACUCCAUGUCGGUUAUCAGCGCCCCGCAGGGUGCCGGUAACGAAUCCACCUCGGCUCGAGGCGCCGAUACCAAGUCUCAGGCGUCUUACGAUCUUGUCAGUGAUGAUGAGGACAACAUCCCAACCCCGGUUAGCUGGAGCGAGAUUGGCAGUGUUGUCAGCGAGCAUGACGUCGGCCCGGUUCAUGCUUGAUUCAAGUACUGGACAUGAUUCAUUUUGAAACGAGACAUACUAUAGCACACGCUACUCUCACUGUCUGCCGAGUUCUGUUCUAUGUUUUGUUUUGCUCACACGGAGUUCAAGGUCACAGGCAUGGGAGUUACCUCGGAUCGAGUUUAUUGAAGUUUAGGAUAGGGAUAUAUGUGGAAUAAAUGCACGUUGAAGCAAUCAACUGAAGUGGUGGGCAGGCCUCACAUGGGAAUCACGUUGUGGAGAUACAUUUCUAGAAGCA